CACGCAUGCGCAGUUGCGCAGACUGGCGCUGGGCAAGGACAUAAGGAGAGUGACUUUUGUGUAACGUUGACAACACAUUUAUAUUCUUUUUAAAUCACACAGAAAUUUGCGUCAAUCUGAUUUGGAUACACUCUCGCAUCUCUGCACAGUGAGCUGACGCUCCACAGCAUUUCAACAGAUUCAGUGAGGACAGGUUAGGUUUUGAAGGACAGACGUUUCUCUGUGGACGAGUGAGUAAUCAGAGGCAGUGGUGGAUGGGAGAGUUCACGUUUCGUCCUCUUUGAGUAGCUUGAAGAUGUCAUCUUACUGAGACUCCAUCGAGGUCACCUCAGCACCCUGACUUGAAUGGCUGUGUGCAGAGGGGGUGUCUCUCUUUGGGUGGGGUGUGUCAGGAACCAUGGUGGCAGGCAACCGAUGACGAAACAGUGCUGGAAGUUAUGUCAGACAACCGAAUUUCACUUGAAUGACAACUGUAGGACCCUGAGCAGUGCAUCAUGGGCCUUGGCUCCUCCGAACAGUCUGCGCUACCUGUCUAUUAAACAGCCAUCCCUGUCCCAUCCCUUCCACCACGCAUGCCAGCCGAACCGUGCAGCCAGCCUAGAGGAGGAGGAAUGGGAGGAGGCCAUCAGUUUGCCUGUCCUGCUCAAACCUGGAGAGACCGAUGAGCAGCACACCGUGGUGGAAGUGCCCUUCCUCGUGCCGGCCAAACUAAGCGAGCUCCUUGCUUUGGGACCCAACAGACCCUUUGACUUGCUUUUUCCUUUAACCACUGUUGAUGGGAGCAGAGAGGAUGAUAUUAGCAUUACCAGAAAGGUAGGGACUGAGGAAAACCAGCUGCCGGAGAGAGGCUCCUUCAGGAGUCUGUUUGAGACCGAGGGAUGCCCUGCACCUUUUACGUUGGGAUCUCGCUUCUUUUGCUUUCACUGCCCCGGGAUGGAGUCUGUUUCGGAGAUUGCGGAUAAAGCAGGAAAGGGACAGGAUGAGCAGAGCUUCUAUCCGGCCCUCAAUGUCACACAUUACAGCCAUGCUGAGACUGAGAGAGUGGACAAGGGCUCCAGCCAGAGAGACAUGGAGAAUGAGGAGAAGCUGGCCCUGAUGCAUGAAAAGCUGAGGGUGGAGCUUCCCAGAUUCUUUGUGAAAAAUCAUGACUACAGCAUUUACUCUGAAGAUGUUGAGUUUAUCAAUGGUCUUCUGAACACCAAAACAAGGGGCCGUGUAGUGUACCAGCUGACUCUGACACUAUGGCGAUUGAUGUGUCUGUGGUACUAUGCGGAGGCUCGGCUGGAAGUGCUGAAGCUGACCAAGCAUCCAGAAGAUGGCUCCAUCAAAGCUCGCUGGAGAGUCAAAGGCCUGCCCUUCCACUCCGUUCUGGUCUUCUUCUACAAGAAAGACAAGAGCCACCUCUACAGAACAUAUGAUGCAUUCUCCACCUUCUAUGUUGGCUCUGAUGGACGAAUACACCGGCAUAAAGUUGAAAAGGUUAUGGAGGCUCGUCCUCCCUUGCUGCCCAAAGUGACCUCAAUGCUGGCCGGGGCUCUGGUGGCACUGGGCAUUCAGGAGCACCGGCCCGCCCUCAACCUGCUCCCACUCCUGCUGUCUUCCCUCCGACAGCCCCGAGCCUGAGCCGCAGCAGAGCGUGGACGCGUUUGGUCACACCUUUAAAAAGACUGAAAAAGAUGCAGAUUUUGUGUGGGUUGAGUGAAUGAGAUAUUGGUAACCAGUUUUUUGGGGGGAAAUCCGCAGGAACAAGAACAAAUGAGUUAAAACUGUUCUCACUUGAAACAAUCUUCUUUGUGCGCUCUUUCAUUUCCAUUGUUUGAAUAUCACCAAACUGGUUUGGAUCGUAACAGACUAGCUAAUACACGAGGCCAUCACUAACUAGGAGGUUAACUAACAGGUUUUGAUGACCCAGUUCGUUACAGGUAAAUUCAAUGCUAUCUGUAAAUGCAUUCAGGCAGCUCGGCUGUAAAACUGGCUUUUAAAGCACAUGCCAGAUAAAAGGUUAAGAUGGUUCAGCUCACAUUCACAGUAACAGAUCAGCAGAUGAAUUGGUCAUGAUAUUUAAGUCUUGAUCAGCUUACAUUGUAAUAAUUAAUUAUAUAUAUAUUUUUUGUAUUUAUAUAUUAAUUGGAGUUUUCAUCAGAUGCAUUAGUUUAAAUGUUAUAGAGGAAGGUACAUGAAAACCAGCUGUUUCAUUUAGUAGCAGUGAACGUCUGUAGGGUUGCUGCCUUUUUGGUGACCUUUUAGGGAAAGUGAUGCCAGGUACUGCUUUUGAGCGUAGAGAGUUUAGUUUCCUGUCUGGACUUGUUCUUGUUUGCCCUUACUUUCCACGUUUGAAUUGUUUUCAUUGUGCAAGUCACAUGGUAGAAGUUAUCAGCCAGUAUGGCUCCCUGCAUAAUUACAUUGCCAAAUCUGCACUGGUCUUGCCAUGCCGUCCAUGUAAACUAAGCACUCUUAUUUGAAAGACACAUGCUUUCAAAUUCUUUCCCAUUGAUGUAUAUUCAGAAGUGCAUUUGCAUCUGCAGAGCAACACGUGGGUUAUUUUUCUCCAGGUUAAUUGGUCAGUUUAGCUCAGUAAUGACUUGUAGUGCGAUAACACAUACUCUCCACCCACAAGAACCGUUCAACUGCUCUAGCUUCCUGUGGUAAAGACAUAGACCAAACAUUUAAUGGACAUCCUGUGUCACAAAGUAGUCGGAACACAUCUGUCUCAAGAGCUUGUGCUUUUAAAUGGACAAUAAAAGCUUGAAACGCUAUCACUCCACAAUCUGUGCAAUUCAAAGCCGAAAGGUUAGAACUUGUUCAAGCAGAUCCAUAUAAAACAUGGCUGAGUAAUUAUUCUAGUGAUUAUUUCUGUGCUAAUUACCCAAAAACCUGUGUUGAAUAUGUUGUGUGACAAAUAAAUGAAUAAUGACAUUGA